CUCCGUGGAUCUUACAUCGUGUUCGCGAUCCUUUCUCUGUCUCCAAUACAUGCGACCAGCGCUAUAACUUGUUACACUAUGUUGCCCACGCAGAAAGGGCGCCCAGAGCCUGUAUCGUGCCAGCUUUGCCGAUUGAAAAAGCUGAGGUGCAACCGAGUCCAACCAUGUUCAAAUUGCCAAGCUCGCAACGUCCCCUGUGACUUUCUCAACCCACCUACGAGGAGUCAAAGAGGUCGAACUCUCGAUGCACAUAGCACCGAUGAAAUCCUCAAACGCGUAGCAAGACUUGAGUCAAUCGUGUUACCAGGAACUUCUGUUAAUGAAGAGUUCUCAAACAGCCGAGCCACUUUGCCCACGCCUAGUUCAGAGGUGCCUGGCCAAUACACAGAUCUGCGCUUACUCGAGAACAUUGGAGUUAGGGAAGAUUCGCUUAUAUCAUUUCUAUCAAAUGACUUGUCAUUUGCUAUUCGCGAUGAUAAUUCGAUUAUGGAAUCACUAGAUGAUGUUCAAUUCCUUCCGGCAUCUAAAGUACAUUCGAAGGAAAACAUUAUCACAAUACCUCCUUAUAAGACAGCAGUUAUCCUGUUUGGCUAUUUUGAGGAUAACUUGAGCUAUAUGUGUCCUAUUUUGAACUUCUCAACUGCCCAGUCGCUUACAAAGUCUUUCUACACGCGGGUCAACCAGAGAGAACUUGUCUUACCUGGUCAAGCUGCCUUACUACUAUCUGUGUGCGCCCUUAGCGCUUUCUUUUAUCAGUCAUUUGAAAAUGAUGGACUAGGCGUAUUGGGUUACGAUGCUGCCAAUCUAUCGAAGUGUUGGAGUAGAAGCGCUUUGGAUGUCCUGGAACACUCCCGUCGCAACACUUCUGGAACCUUGGAAGACAUUCAAGCGCUGAUAAUCAUGUCUUAUGUUACGUACCAUUUGGAUGGCUUCUCGGCUAGAUACCGUCAUUUAUCUGCAACGGCUAUUGCAAUGGCGAGGGAUCUUGGCUUACAUCGCUUGGACGCUGAUGAAUAUUACCCAACAGCAACAGGCCUAAGCUUGCACAUUCUCGCUGACCGUGAAGUGAAGCGGAGAAUCUAUUGGCAUUUGAUAGCUUCAGACUGGACACACUCAACAAUGACAGGACCCCAAGAAGGAACAUACUCUAUUCACCCUAAUCAUAUUCAAGUAAACCUUCCAACCGAGUAUGAUGCGAGCGAUAAUAGUACGUCGGUCACGGUGCCGCAGCCAACCGGCAUUACGUUUCUUCUUGCUAGAAUUCGCCUUGCACAUCUAUCGAGGGAAUAUACAGACACCAUUCCAUUAGAGACGCCGAAGCUUUUGAAAAUCCCUUAUCAGCAUAUAAUAUCAUUGGAUGACAAAAUCAAGAAUUUCUUGGAGGAGCUACCUUACUUUUUUCGAGCCGAUAAUGAAAGCCGUAAUAAGAGUAGAUCUCUUGAAGCUGUGUACUCAAAAAUCCCUAUCAUGCGAUACUGCAUACUCACAGCUGCGCACACAAGGCGAUGCAGACUACAUCAAAAAUUCUUGAUUAGAAAGUCUUCUGACCCGCGGUACAACUAUUCAAGACAGGCUUGCCUGGAAUCGGCGAGGAUAGUAAUUCAGCUUUAUAAAGAGCCAAAGUCCGAAGCCGAUUCACCGUCCAUGGAGACAGCGCGUAUGGCCAUGGCUGUACACUAUACACACCUGGCGCUGGUCAUUCAAGUUAUGGACCUGUGCUUUAAUAAGAAUGAAGGAGACUAUCAGGAGCGAGGGAAAGAACUACUUUCCACGCUGCGAAUGCUUGAAGGAGCCAGAAAGAUUUCCCCCCUCCUAAAUCGCUCAUUGGACUCCGUAGUGGAGGUGCUUCGUAAACACCAAGUUGUUCUCUCAAAGGAAAAUUUGGCGAGCCCCACGAUCCACCACACUGCCUACCAGUCCCUUGAAGAGAAUGCAUCUCUUUCUGAGAACACCCAGCCCAGUUUUCCACAACAUAGUUCCGACUUCGGAGACAGCUCGCUUGCGAUUGAUUCAUCAAUUAAUGAGUUCUGGGGGAGCGCGAACCAUUUCGAAAUGGACUUUGAUUCAAAUACUUGGGAUGCCCUUUUUUCAAACUUGGAAUCAGGGCCCCUCUAAAAUUAUUUUAUUCCACAACUAUUAAAUAAGAA